CCAGCGCCAUUUUGGCGCGAGUCGAAGGUCCGUCUUGUUCGCUUUCAAAUGAGAGUUUAGAACCACAAUGGCGCCGAAGCUCUUUUUGUUUCAUGACAGUUCUUGUUAGUGGGAGUCAGUAAACCGGGUAAUCACGGGUUUCAGAACUUGGUUAACAUAACCGAAGCUAAACCUGUGGUCGUUCAUGUUAUUGACGUCUUUACCAACAACUCAGUUUCGUCAUGGCAGGAUGGUGCGAGUGGUGUUUCUGCAUCCAGACCUCGGGAUAGGCGGAGCGGAGCGUCUGGUUGUCGAUGCAGCUGUCGCCCUGAAGUCCAAGGGAUGUGACGUCCAGAUCUGGACUGCUCACCAUGACCCGACCCACUGUUUCUCUGAGACCCUUGACCCGGACUUACCUGUGGUUUGUGUGGGUGACUGGCUGCCCACCAGCGUUUUUGGCUACCUUCAUGCCCUCUGCGCUUACCUGAGAAUGAUCUACGUGGCAUUCUAUUUGGUCUUUUUUAGCGGGCUGGAGUAUGAUGUGGUCUUCUGUGAUCAAGUGUCUGUGUGCAUUCCAGUGUUGAGGUUGUCCCGUCACAGGAAGAAGGUUUUAUUCUACUGCCACUUCCCGGACCAGCUGUUGACUCAAAGGAAAUCGGCCCUGAAGAAGCUUUACCGCGCUCCCAUCGACUUCUUGGAGGAGCGCACCACCGGGAUGGCUGAUAUGAUUCUGGUAAACAGCCAGUUCACCGCGGGAGUCUUCAGGGAGACCUUUCGAAGUCUCAAAGGGGUCCAGACAGACGUCCUCUAUCCCUCCCUCAACACGCGCACCUUUGACCGUCCGCCCGCCGAAGCAGAGGGUACGGAGGGGCUGGUCCCGGAGCGAACCUCCCACCUGUUCCUCUCGCUAAACCGAUACGAGCGAAAGAAGAACCUGGGGCUGGCCCUUCAGGCCCUGGCGGCUCUGAGGAGCGUUCUGACUCCCGGCCAGAGAGCGGGCGUUCACUUGGUGGUGGCGGGGGGUUACGACGACCGAGUCGGCGAGAACGUGGAGCACUACGCCGAGUUGAAAGAGCUGGCGUCGCAGCUCCACUUGGAGGACUGCGUGACUUUCUUGCGCUCCCCCUCGGACUCUGUCAAGGUGGCGCUGCUGCGGGCUUGCCACGCGGUGCUGUACACGCCGAACAGGGAGCAUUUUGGCAUCGUCCCCGUCGAGGCCAUGUACUGCCGCUGCCCCGUUAUCGCGGUCAGAUCCGGGGGGCCCCUGGAGAGCGUGGCAGACGGAGAGACGGGCUUCCUGUGCGAGCCCACGGCGGAGGCCUUCUCUCAGGCCAUGGAGAAGCUGGUGGCGGAGCCGCGGCUCCGAGGGGACAUGGGACGAGCUGGCAGGAAGAGGGUGCAAGAUAAGUUCUCUCUGCAGGCCUUCUCACAGCAGCUGCACGGAUACAUUGUCAGCCUGAGCCAGUGACAUCAAGACUGAAGGGGUUUUUGGGGAGGGGGCGGCGGUUCCUGCCUGUGCCUGGAUGAAGCAUGCGGUACUACAAGGACUUAAGAGGACAAUUAAUCAGCCUUCCCUUGGAUGUGUUGCUGAGGAACAGACUUCCAUACCAAUACCGAGAGAAUGAAGCGUUUCCAUACCAUGUUGAGUUUUAUGUACGCGUCGCAGCACGGCAACCAAAAAUAAUCGAUCGCGACAGUGAAAUGUUUCUCCCUCCCCCUUUUGGCUCGGCAGCCAUCUUUAUUAGCGGAGGGACACAGUCACCAACGGGCCCUGCACACUGUCCUAAAUCAAUAAACAGGGAUGCUUUCCUCCA